ACAAAGUGGAGUCCGCGAGCCCGCGGGAGGCGACAGGAGAGGCAGCAGGAGAAGGAGAGCAUGGAGCCGCGGACUGCUCCUCAACUGCGGGACUAAAACUCGCCCAGCAGCCGCCGAGGCAGAGCGACUCGCCGCGCACAGAGACAAACUUCGCCUGGGACUCGAGAGAAAACUGUUGCGAGACUUGUGACGGCGCCUCCGCGAGCAUGGAUACACUUUGGUGCGUUUCCGUGGGACUCGUGCUUCUCCUGUCGGCAGCCUCCGGACAGAAGCCACCAGCUCACAUGGGACGUGCCGAGAAGGGAAGUUGCACUUUCAACGAGGGGUUCUCUCAGUGUGACUACCAACAAGAUCCUUACGAUGACUUUGACUGGACGUACAUCAACACCCAAGAAGUGCCCUAUGUGUCUCCAUUCCUGCCCCAAGGUUCCUACAUGUACGUGGACGUCUCGCAGUACGACGACGGGGAUAAGGCCAGGUUUCAGCUGCCGGUGAUGAAGGAGAAUGACACGCACUGCAUCGACUUCAAUUACCUCCUGACCAGCCCCGAUGGAUCCAGUCCUGGGAUCCUCAACGUUCUGGUCAAGGUCAACAAGGGGCCGCUGGCUAAUCCCAUCUGGAACGUAACCACCUACACUGGUAAAGACUGGAUGAAAGCCGAACUUGCCGUCUCCACCUUUUGGCCCAACGAGUAUCAGGUCAUCUUUGAAGCCGAAGUCUCAGAUGGCAAGGCGGGCUUCAUCGCCGUGGACAACAUCGAGGUGGUCAGCUACCCGUGCGACAAGUCUCCUCAUUUCCUGCGUCUGGGUGACGUGGAGGUGAACGCCGGGCAGAACGCCACGUUUCAGUGUAUCGCCACCGGCAGAGAUACAUCCAACAAUAAACUCUGGCUGCAGAGGAGGAACGGCGACGAUAUUCCCGUGGCCCAGACCAAAAACAUCAACCACCGACGAUUCGCCGCCUCCUUCCACCUCAAUGAGGUCACCAGUCAGGAUCAAGACCUGUACCGGUGUGUCACCCAAUCGGACCUUGGAUCCGGGGUGUCCAACUUUGCCGGUCUCAUUGUCAGAGAACCCCCCCACCCCAUCGCUCCCCCACAGCUGCUGGGUGUUGGUCCCACUUACCUGCUGAUUCAGCUCAACGCCAACUCUAUAUUCGGAGACGGACCGAUCAUCCUGAAGGAGGUUGAGUACCGGAUGACGUCGGGGUCCUGGACAGAGACCCACGCAGUCAACUCUCCAAACUACAAGUUAUGGCAUCUGGACCCAGACACCGAGUACGAGAUCCGAGUCCUGCUCACCAGACCCGGCGAGGGAGGGACGGGAAAACCCGGACCGGCACUCAUCACACGGACCAAAUGUGCUGAACCCAUGCGGACUCCCAAGAGGCUGAAGAUCGCAGAGACCAGGUCCCGUUUGAUCGCCGUGGACUGGGAAUCACUGGGUUACAACAUCACACGCUGUCACACCUUCAACGUCACCAUCUGCUACCAUUACAAGAGCGCCAGCAACCACACCAAAGCGGACUGCCUGGACAUGGAUCCCAAAGCGCCGCGUCACAUUGUCGGGAACCUUCCUCCUUACACCAACGUGAGUCUGAAGAUGAUUCUGACCAAUCCAGAGGGGCGGAAGGAGAGCGACGAGACCAUCAUCCAGACCGAUGAAGACGUCCCUGGUUCAGUUCCCAGCCAGUCGGCCAAAGCGACGCCGUUCGAAGACAGAAUCCUGCUUCACUGGAAGGAACCCUCGGAGCCCAAUGGAAUCAUCAUCCAGUAUGAGAUCAGCUACAUCGGGAUUCGGUCCUUCGACCCGUCGGUGCCGCUGCAGCGCCCGGGACUCACCGUGUCUCUGCCCUCCAACGCCACUCACCACCUGUUCUCUCAACUUCACCCCGGCGUCACAUACCAGCUGUCCAUCCGAGCGUCCACCUCCAAAGGGUUCGGCCCGGCAACCAUCCUCAACGUGACCACCAAUAUUUCCGCCCCGACUAUCGACGAGUACGACGGUUCUGAGGCUUUCCUGAACGAGACCGCAACAACCAUCACUGUUCUGCUGAAACCAGCGCAGGCUAAAGGCGCGCCUAUCAGCGCCUAUCAGAUUGUGGUUCAAGAGGUCAACCCACAGCGCUCACGGCGACAGGCUUCAUCCGACUGCUACAAGGUGCCGGUCUCUUACCACAGCGCAUCCAGCGGAGGAUCCCAGUAUUAUUAUGCAGCCCAGUUGUCCCCCAGCAACCUGCUGGAGCCCCUCCCCUUCACCGUGGGAGACAACAAGACGUACCAGGGUUUCUGGAACCCACCGCUGGCUCCGAGGAAGAACUACAACAUCUACCUUCAAGCUGUGAGCAGCACUGAGCGGGAAACAAAAACACAGUGUGUGAGGCUGGCAACAAAAGGGGCUACGGAGGAGCCAGAGGUCAUCCCCGACCCCGCCAAACAGACGGACCGGGUGGUGAAGAUCGCCGGGAUCAGCGCCGGCGUCUUGGUCUUUAUCCUGCUGGUGCUGGUAGCCAUCCUAUUGGUCAAGAAAAGGAGGACCUACUAUUCAUACUCUUAUUACCUGAAGCUCGCUAAAAAGCGCAAGGACGUCAUCGGCACCACGCGGCAGGAAAUGACCCACAUGGUCAACGCCAUGGACCGUAGCUACGCCGACCAGAGCACCCUGCACGGAGACGACCCCAUGGCCGUCACCUUCAUGGACUCCCACAACCACACCAACAGAUUGCCCAACGAUCCGCUGGUGCCCACCGCCGUGUUAGUUCCCAUCACAGACGAGAACCACACCGCCUCGGCGGCUGAGAACAGCCGGCUCCUGGACGUCCCGCGGUACCACUGCGAAGGAACGGAGUCUCCGUACCAGACGGGCCAGCUGCACCCGGCCAUCAGAGUGGCCGACCUGCUGCAGCACAUCAACCUGAUGAAGACGUCCGACAGCUACGGCUUCAAGGAGGAGUACGAAUUGGUGAUUCAGAGCUUUUUCGAGGGUCAGUCGGCCACCUGGGACGUCGCCAAGAAGGACCAGAACCGCACCAAGAACCGCUACGGCAAUAUCAUAGCAUAUGACCACUCGAGGGUUAUCCUGCAGCCCAUCGAAGACGACCCCUCCUCCGAUUACAUCAACGCCAACUACAUCGAUGUAAGUGGAAACGCAUCGAAUGCUACUAUUGGCUCCCAACGAAACCAACGAAACCACACUCCCUCGCUCAUUUGGCUGUACAGGGAUGGAUACCAGAGACCAAGUCACUACAUUGCCACUCAGGGCCCGGUUCAUGAGACUGUCUAUGACUUCUGGAGGAUGGUGUGGCAGGAGCAGUCGGCCUGUAUCGUCAUGGUAACCAACCUGGUGGAGGUCGGAAGGGUGAAGUGCUACAAGUACUGGCCCGACGACGCCGAGGUGUACGGAGACUUCAAAGUGACGUUCGUGGAAGUGGAACCCCUGGCUGAAUACGUGGUCCGGACCUUCACGCUGGAGAGGCGCGGCUUCAACGAGGUGCGGGAGGUCAAGCAGUUCCACUUCACCGGCUGGCCCGACCACGGAGUCCCGUACCACGCCACAGGACUGCUGUCCUUCAUCCGCAGGGUCAAGAUCUCCAACCCUCCAUCAGCCGGGCCCAUUGUGGUCCACUGCAGCGCCGGAGCCGGACGCACUGGCUGCUUCAUCGUCAUCGACAUCAUGCUGGACAUGGCGGAGCGAGAAGGUGUGGUGGACAUAUACAACUGCGUAAAGGCUCUCCGCUCUCGGAGGAUCAACAUGGUACAGACUGAGGAGCAGUACAUCUUCAUCCACGACGCCAUCCUGGAGGCCUGCCUCUGCGGGGAGACCGCCAUCCCCGUCUGCGAGUUCAAGGCCGCCUUCUACGAGCUGAUCCGCAUCGACUCGCAGACCAACUCCUCACACCUGAAGGACGAGUUCCAGACCUUGAACUCCGUGACCCCCCAGCCGCAGCCCGAGGACUGCAGCAUCGCCCUGCUGCCUAGAAACCAGGACAAGAACCGCUUCAUGGACGGCCUCCCCCCGGACCGAUGCCUGCCCUUCCUCAUCACGAUCGACGGCGAGAGCAGCAACUACAUCAACGCCGCUCUGAUGGAUCUGUCAGAAGAGUUCCAGAGCUACCGACAACCCGCCGCCUUCAUCGUGACCCAGCACCCGCUGCCCAACACCGUCAAGGACUUCUGGCGCCUGGUCUACGACUACGGCUGCACCAGCCUGGUGAUGCUCAACGAGAUCGACCUGGCUCAGGGUUGUCCCCAGUACUGGCCAGAGGAGGGCAUGCUGCGCUACGGCCCGGUCCAGGUGGAAUGUAUGUCCUGCUCCAUGGACUGUGACAUCAUAAGCCGCUUGUUCAGAGUCUGCAACCUCACCAGGCCCCAGGAGGGCUACCUGAUGGUGCGCCACUUCCAGUACCUGGGGUGGGCGGGGCAUAGGGAGGUCCCCGCCUCCAAGCGCUCCUUCCUGAAGCUGAUCCUGCAGGUGGACCAGUGGCAGCGUGAGGGGGAGGAGGGAGAAGGGAGAACCAUCGUCCACUGCCUGAACGGCGGCGGCCGCAGCGGGGUCUUCUGCGCCAGCAGUAUCGUGUGUGAAAUGGCCAAGCGGCAGAGCGUGGUGGACGUCUUCCACGCCGUCAAGACUCUGAGGAACAGCAAGCCCAACAUGGUGGACACCCCGGAGCAGUACCGCUUCUGCUACGACCUGGCGCUGGAGUUCAUCGAGUCCUCCUAAGAUGGGAGCGCCUCCUCAGUGCCAGCCGGCCCCGCGUGGUCCGGGGCCCCUGGAAAUCCACAGGACGCCCAGCUGCAGUUUUCCCUCUCCACGCUAGGUGUCACUGUUUCCCCCGUGGCUCCCCUGACAUGAGUAAACCCACCAGUGUCUGGCAUGUUGUCACGGUGCCGUUUCUCUCUGCCUCACCGCCUUGAUUCUCCUUUCACUGUUAGCGCGCCACCCACAGACUGAACGCCUUUUCUUCUGUUAACGUUUUCAUGAACUUUACUAAACCGUGUCAAACCGUGUGACUUGUAUCGUGGUGAGUUUCUUGUUUAUGUGGCACUCAUCUGCUGGCCGUGAGGUCGCCGUGUCCCGGGCUGGGCCCAGCGCACCGUCAGCCCAGGAGCGUGGAGCCCACCCCUGGCUGAAUCUGCCACCGGACACCCUUUCUUGUCUUUUCUUUCUUCAUAAGCCAAAGACUUGGUGUAAAUAUGUCUAUACGGAUGAAGCACAUUGUUUGUAUUUAUUGUUUGUUUACUUGCUUGUAAGAACAAUCAUUCUCCAUUCCAUGUUUACGGCACGACUCCCGGGAACGACGCCGUGCACUCGAGCAGUUCCAGUAUGGAGCCGCUGUGGUUGGCUUCUCCGCAGCGCUUCACCAUCCAACACUUGUUUUUUUAUGCCCGUGUUGUGUCACGGUCGGCAGCAUCCACACCACCACGGACCUAUUCCCAACACCUCAGGCGACAUUUUAAGCCCCAAACCGAGUUUUAAGUAUCCGUUUACUUUACUAAUACUUGACUUUGCGUGACAAGCUACACUGCGUCCAACGGAUUUCAUUCGAGCUCAUCUGCGUUGUACUCUUUAUUCUGCUGGUGCUGAGGUCAGGAGCAACACGUAAAGCUCCAGAGAGCGUGAGACAGGAAGUGGACGACAGGAAGCGCCCAGUGUGUUGCAGAAUACUCCGGCGGUCGUGUGGAUGAAGCCCGUAUAUGAUUUGUGCCUACUCACUCUACCGCUACAAGCAUUUGAACACCAACGAUCACGUCGAUGGCGUUUUAAAGUACAUUUAAUGUGUUUAUUUUGGACCAUUUGGUUGUUGAAUGGUUUCAGAGCUGGUGCCACUUGUGUUUGCACACCAUAAAAAAUGUUGUAAAUAAGCUCUGUGCAGCAGUUAGCGCAGGUCAGAGGAUGCUAUUGUACAGAGACCAUCCCCAGGAACGACCUCUGUUGACGGGUGCAGCUCAGAACUUCGGGGUUCUGGCCGUAGAUGUAAAAAAAAAAAAUGCCUGAGAUUGUAACUCCUGUCGGGUUUUGUUACCAGAGAACUUUAAUGGAUGUUUAUUCUGUUGUUGGUGGGAAAGGUUGGGACCUGAGCGGAGUGGGCGGAGCCAAGAUCCCACCACCUUUUUCCCUCCGAGUUCAGAGGCCAGUCGCAAUUCUAGCGCUAAUAGUCCACGAUUUAUUCUUGUCUGUAAUGUUUGGCUUCUUUGCUGUAAUAAAUGACCACUUCUUUUAAUAAACACAACCCAAAGGCCUCUUUGCUUCGUUGUAGCUUU